CAAGCCCGCCGCGAAGCCCAGAAGGCCGCAAAGCAAGACAAUGAGUUGAAGAAACAAAUCCAAAACCUCCUCAAAAAGGGCGAGACAGCACAAGCCGCACAGAAAGCCCGCAUGCUCCUCGCCAAGCAGGCGAUCGCAGCACAAAUGGACCAAGCAGCCGACAUGGCGGAGCUGUCCCUGGCCCAGAUCCAAGCCAACAACGCGAUGAACCGGAUGACGGCAAUGAUGGCGCAGUCGUCCAAGACGAUGCAGCGGGCGCAGCGCAGCGCCAACCCGGAGCGCACGCUGCUGACGCUGGAGCAGUUCCGGUCGCAGAACGAGGAAUACGCCAUGAGCAACGGCAUCUACCAGGACGCCAUGACGCAGAGCACGUCCGUGGUGGCACAGGUCAGCGACGACGCGGUGCACGAGCUGCUGGGCAAGUUGGCGGACGACGCCGGGCUCGAGCUGGGCCAGGAGCUGAGCCAGGCGACGACCAGCAAAGUCGACCCGGUCAAGGAGCCGGCCGAGCCGACGCCCGAGGUGGAGGAUGCGCUGCAGCAGCGGUUGAGGGCCCUGAGGGCUUAA